AUGGCGGGCAGAAUGGUACUGUACAAACUGGUGGUGCUGGGAGAUGGUGGUGUUGGCAAGACGGCCUUGACCAUCCAGCUUUGUCUGCAGCAUUUCGUCGAGACGUACGACCCGACAAUUGAGGAUUCGUACCGCAAACAGGUUGUCAUUGAUGGCCAGCCCUGCAUGCUUGAGGUGCUCGAUACGGCCGGCCAGGAAGAGUACACAGCGCUGCGAGAUCAAUGGAUUCGCGAUGGCGAAGGCUUUGUACUGGUCUACAGCAUCGCAUCCCGCUCAUCCUUUACUCGCAUCAAGCGGUUUCACCACCAGAUACAGCGCGUCAAGGAGUCGGUAGCUUCUUCACCGUCAUACCCCGGCUCUCCUCUUUCUGCCACCAACUCGCAGCUGCCUGUACCCAUCAUGCUUGUCGGCAACAAGAGCGACAGAGUCACCGAGCGCGAGGUAUCGACCCAAGAGGGACAUGCUUUGGCUCGGGAGCUGGGCUGUGAGUUUGUUGAGGCCUCGGCUAAGAAUUGCAUCAACGUAGAAAAGGCUUUCUACGAUGUCGUGAGGAUUCUACGCCGACAACGCCAGCAGGCUUCACGACCCCCGGCGGGCUCAAGCGGCCGAACUCGAACAAGCAAUGGCGAUGUAGGCGGAGGAGGCCGAGAUUCACACAAGUACGGGCGCGGCGGUGGCAAGAGCAAGUCCAAGUGCAUUGUGUUAUGA